GGUAGCUUCUGGUCGCGUCAAAUUUUCUCUGCCUAUUGUAAUCUUGGCCGCCGGGGGUUACGCACGCAGAGUUUUUUGCUGUCCGAGAUGAAGAUGCUCCUGUUUCUUGCCUUGGCGCUGCACAGCUGCGUGGCUUCUCCUGUGGGUCCUAGUUUAGACCGCACCGAUAUCACGACUGCAGUGAACUUAGCACUGAAAGCAUACCUAACCACAGUCACUGAUCCCGUGGCGCUGAAUCAACACAUCGAAUACAAGAUCGAAGCGCCUCUCGUUGCAGAUGUCCUCCUGACGAUGGACGGGGCCACCCUCAGCGGCGUGAAGGACAUUGUAGCCGAGAACUGCCUCCUGACGGGCACCGACCCUCAGGACAUCGCCCUAAACUUCAGGGCGAGCGAACUAACACUCACGAUGCCCACCUAUACGAUGAACGGCACGGUGGUUGAUCAUAUUCCGUUGCAGGGCGAAGGGCAGGCCAGCAUCGUGAUCGAGGACCUAGUAGCCAGUCUCGUCGGCAAAGGAACUGCUACUGUGUCUCCCUUCAACGUCCAGUUCACCGAAAUUGCUUUGGAUCUUGAACUUUUCCGAUGGACGGUGGAUUUCCAGGACCUCGCGCCUGGCACUGAUCUUGGCACUGUCUUCAACCAGUUCUUCAGCAUGUGUGGCCCCGAGAUCUUUGACCUUCUCGAAAUCAGGCUGAACGAGGGAGACGGCCUUCUGAAUUUCAUCAAUGGAAUCUUCAAGCCUUAGAUGGUUUGAAAGAGAAAAAAAAGAAAAAAGAAAUUGAAUCUUCAAAUUUUAGAUGAUAAUAAAAAAAGAAAAAUAAAUUGAAUCUUCAGACCUUAGAUAAUCAAAAGGAAAAAAUCUAAUCUUCAAACCUUAGAUAAUAAUUAUAUAAAAUUGAAAUUUCAAACCUUAGAUGAUGAAAAAAGAUAAAAAAAUCAAUCUUCAAAACUUAGACAAUAAAAAAGGAAAAAAAAGGAAAUUUCAAACCUUAGAUGACGAAAGAAAGAAAAAUAAAAUUUUAGUGAUUAAUUUCCAGAAUUGGAUCAGAUUUUUAGAAUACAUGAAGUUGAUUUAA